ACAGAAUGCUACUGGGCCACGCAGCCUUAUCUGUCAGUGUCUUCAGACCUGAACACGCUUCAAAGAUCGCUGUAAAGAUCUCUACACAAAGGAUGUAUACAUACAACAGCACUUUACACCAAGGAAAACAGAGGAACUGAAAGAGUGGAGAGUUCAGCACUAAGGAUGAAGAUGAUCUUCAGGAUCCUGCUGCUCAUCAGCUUCAUCUCAUGCGUCUCUGGAUCAUUAGUAGUGAAUGUGACCCAGACCCACUAUCAGGCAGAGCAGAACCACAGCAUCACACUGGAGUGGACCUUCACACCCAAACCUGACGUGUCCAUCACCUCAGUUUACAUCUUCUGUCUGCUGGUGACUGAUCUCAGAGUCUCAGUCCUGUUUCAUCUCCAUGAAGGUGUUGAGGUCUCAGAGUCUCAGGAUCAACAGUUUUCAGGACGAGUCCAGUUUGACAGAGACAAGCUCAGAGAAGGACGGAUCAGACUCCAAGUGUCCAGACUCAGGACUGAUGACUCAGGACUGUAUGACUGUAUCAUCAGAACAUCAGAUGGUUGGAACAUGGACGUAUGUCGACUCAACGUCACUGCUGUUGAUCAGCACAAAGCUCAGACAGAACCAGAGAACAGAAGGAGAACGGGCCUUAGUGCUACAUUGGUGCCGACAGCAGCAGCAGCUCUAUGGGUUGAAACUCUUCUGUUGAGCCAGAGUUCAAAGACAAACCUGGGUUUGGAUCCACCCUCAGUUGCUGCCACUCAAACCUUCCCUGCUGUGUUUCCAUGUUGUCUAGUGUCAGUUGGUUUGAGUUAGUGGAGGUCUCUGUUUCUGUGUGUGUAACAUGUACAGUAAUUUAGCACUUUAUCAAUUAUUUGUACCUACUGUAAAUAAACACUUAUUUUUGCUAUGAA